AUGGACAAGUAUAAAUUUUCUAAAGAAAGGAGACGCGAAAUCGAAUUCAUAUUUAAUGAAUUCAAUAAAAAUAAAAAUGGACUAAAUGGGAAUCAGUUGCUAUAUCUAUUAAAGUCGAUUGGAAUUUAUCUUAACAAUGAUGAAUCAGCUUCUUUGCUCGAGGAAUGUAAGACAAACGGAAAUUUAAAUUUAAACAAUUUUUAUGCUCUUAUGCAAGAAUUUUAUUACGAUGAAAACAUCGGGAAAAUGCUAUUAACAGCAUUACAAGCCCACACUAAAGAAGGCAGUAAAACAAUUACCUUUGCAAAACUAAAACAUUUAUUAAUGACAUUGGGUACGGGUGUGAAAUUAACAGAAGAUGAAAUAGAUUCCUUUUUAAAUGUUGAAUUCAAUCACGUUAAAAAUAUGGAAAUAUCAUUUGAUGAAUUUAUAUACAAGGUAUUAAAAGAAUGA